AUGGAGAAUGAACCUUUCAAAAAAGAUCUGUCCAGUGAUUGCAUCCCAGAUGUGUCAAUUGCCCUGACUAACGUGAGAUCUUUAGAGGGCAUUUCAGGAGUAAACUACAUGGUGGCGCCAGUGAAUGACACCAGUGAACCAGAGCAUACCUUUCAGUGCGGUGUGCCCACCAGAGAGUCCCUCAGAUUGGCCCGGGGAUCCACUGUCAGCUUCCACAACAUCGACUACACUGUAAAGGUGUCCAGCGGGCCUCUGUUCAGAUCAAAAAUGGUGGAAAAGCAAAUCCUCUACGGCAUUAGUGGCAUCAUGAAACCUGGGCUCAAUGCUAUUCUUGGCCCGACAGGAAGUGGCAAAUCAUCGCUUUUGGAUAUUUUGGCCGCCAGGAAAGAUCCUUCUGGCUUGUCUGGAGAUGUGCUGAUUGAUGGUGUGCCACAACCUACCAACUUCAAGUGUAUCUCGGGCUAUGUGGUGCAGGAUGAUGUUGUGAUGGGCACCCUGACGGUACGGGAGAACCUACUCUUCUCUGCAGCCUUGCGGCUCCCAUCUUCCAUCAGCUUCACGGAGAAGCGAGAGCGCGUGUCGAACGUCAUCGCUGAACUUGGGCUGACGAGAGUGGCAGACUCCAAGGUUGGCACAGAAUUAAUCCGAGGUGUGUCUGGAGGUGAAAGAAAGAGGACUAACAUUGGCAUGGAACUGAUCACAGAGCCUCCGGUGCUGUUUCUGGAUGAGCCAACAACUGGCCUUGAUGCCAGUACUGCAAAAGCUGUUCUUUCUCUUCUGAGACGGCUUGCACAAAGAGGAAGGACGAUUAUUUUUUCUAUUCAUCAGCCUCGUUAUUCUAUAUUCAAGUUAUUUGACAGCUUGACGCUGCUGGCCAUUGGGAAGGUGAUGUACCAUGGGCCUGCCCAGUCAGCACUGCAAUAUUUCCACUCUAUUGGAUAUGAAUGUGAGCCAUUUAACAACCCUGCCGAUUUCUUUUUGGACAUUAUCAACGGAGAUUCCACCGCUGUGGCCGAAAUGAAGGAAAACGAAGAUGAUUCUAUGGACAAUUUAAAAGAUGCUAACCACGUUGAUAAGAACAUUGUGCAGAAGCUACAUGAAGAAUACCUCAAGUCAGCCGUCCACGAUGAGACGGCAGGAAUCCUAAAAGCCAUCGAAGCUAAACAACCACCAUCCAGGAAGAGGAAGUUCAUGCAGUCCAUCACUUACUGCACUUCUUUUUCAACUCAGCUCUACUGUUUGAUCUGUCGUGCAUUUAAGAACCUGAUCCGGAACCCGCAGGCUUCACUUGCUCAGAUUGUUGUAAUGAUUACUUUGGGAGUUGUUGUUGGUGCCAUCUUCUUUGGUGUAAAACUGGACCCAAGUGGAAUCCAGAACAGAGCGGGCUCUCUGUUCUUCUUGACCUCCAAUAUGUGCUUCUCUAGUGUUUCUGCCAUUGAGCUGUUCAUCAGGGACAAGAAGCUGUUCAUUCACCAGUACACCAGCGGAUACUACAGACUGCCUGCUUACUUCAUUGCAAUUCUUUUAGGGGACCUCAUUCCAAUGAGAACACUGCCAGGGAUCAUUUUCUCCAUCAUUACCUACUGGAUGAUAGGCUUCCAAAACGAGGUUUGGAAAUUUUUCUUCUUCAUGCUGACCUUAAUCAUGUUGGCCUACACAGCUACGUCUCUGGCCCUCGCCAUCAGUGCCGGCACGGACGUGAUGGCCAUUGCAAACCUGCUCAUAGCGAUUUGCUUAAUUUUCAUGAAUAUGUUUUCUGGUCUCCUGGUGAAUCUUCCUUCUGUCAUGAGCUGGCUCAGUUGGCUAAAAUAUUUAAGUAUUCCACGCUAUGGACUAACGGCUCUGCAAAUCAAUGAGUUCAGAGGAUUAGUCUUUUGUCAAAACACUAAUCAAUCAUAUGAAAACGCCAUGGCUAACUGCUCCUGGAGCACUUCCCAGUUUGGAGGAGUGUGCUAUGGGGACGUUUACCUCUGCGGACAGGGCAUGGGCUAUGAUAAUUGGGCCAUGUGGCAAAACAUUUUGGCUUUGGCCUGCAUGAUCCCCAUUUUUUUGACCAUUGCGUAUCUCAGGCUGCACUUCAUGAAGAAGUUCACCUAAAGCUGAUGUGAUGGUUGGUAACCUGGCAAAUAUAAAAGCCUGAGCUGGUCAAGUCUGCUGUAGUCGAAGGCUUGAACUGAAUGUAGAGCCCUUUGUGGAAGCUUCUGCAAAAUGUUAAGGAUGCUUGUUUAGGAACUGACACAGUAAGGCAUAUAACAGAUGGAAUGAUAAGGCCAUUGCCAAAAAUGAAGUGAAGUCUAACAUUUAUGUUUCAUAUUAUAUGUGUUGUGGUGGACGGCCAGGACCCUUACCUGGCCAGGAUGCCUAUGAAGUGGAGACCGGGUGAAAACACAAACAAAGGACAGUACCUCCCUCAGGCCAUUAGAUGGCAGUCCCCCUGGGUAGCAGGGGUGCACAGGAUUCCCACAGGGCACCAUGGGACUUGGAGUUUGGGACAGCC